AUGACUAGCCUCAAGAUCCAAGAUCACCCUCAAUACCAAGCCUCCAUCGCCGCCGGCUUCGGCCACCGCCUCGGCUGGGGCUCCCGGCCGGCGCUCCUCCUCAUCGACGUCUGCGUCGCCUACUACCAACCCGGCUCCCCGCUAGACAUCACCCACAACCCCUCUGGCGCCGCCAGCGCACCCUCCAUGUGCCGGCUCGUAGCAGCGGCGCGUGCAAGUGGCGUCCCCGUCGUGUGGGCGCAGGUACGGUACAACCACCCGCGGCUGCGCGACGGGGGCGUUCAGGCGGCAAAGACGAAGACGAUCCGUGCGUGGCAGGACGGCGACCCGCGCGGCCUGGAUGCGCUGAUGCCUGGGCUGGAACCGGCUGAGGGCGAGACGACGGUGCUGAAGCGGAACCCAUCGGCGUUCUUUGGCACGACGUUGGCGACGGAGUUGCGGCUGCUAGGGGUCGAUACGCUGGCAGUGUGUGGGGUGAGCACGAGUGGAUGUGUGAGGGCGACGGCGAUGGAUGCCAUGUGCUAUGGUUUUCGGCCGAUGGUGAGUAGGGGUUGUGGUGACGAUCCCGAGUGA